CGAGAUCGAUGAGAUUGUAAAGGCACUACCCUUAUAUAUUUUUCUUCUCCCCAAGAACAAGUGAAAACACAAGAUCAUGUUUCUGUGCGUUCAAAAUGUACUAUGUGCUUGCUCAAGCAAAAACACUCUUGACAUGGUUGAUGAUAUUGACAUUGAUGAAUUUCGCGCUGAUCCUUUAGGGUGGACAAUGAAAGUAAUUAAGCAUCCAUUCGGUGAAUUCUCCAUGGCUGCAGUACAGGCAAAUGAAGACAUGGAAGAUUUCAGCCAGGUUGAGAUUGACAAGGAAGCACUUUUCGUUGGAAUUUAUGAUGGCGAAAAUGGCGUCAUUGCUUCCGAAUUUCUGAGUCAAAGCCUCUUGCCGGCUCUAUUAUUUCUUAUUAAGCAGAAUGGUGAAAAUAUGUCUGAAGAUAUUUUGAGGGAUGUUGUUGAUAGAAUGGAAAAAAGGUUUAUGCUUGAUGCUGACGAGUUACAUUACCAUCAGCCGGAGCGAGUUCAAGCUAGUUCUAGCUGUUUGUGUUGUAUUAUAUGGAAAGGGAGACUAUAUAUUGCUAACCUUGGAGACUCCCGGGCUGUGAUGGGUUCUUUGGGUCCAUUUGAUAUACUCCGCGUUCAGCAGUUGGUCAGAGAUCACAAUGCUGGUAACAGGCAUAUUAAAGUAGAACUCGCGAGAUUGCAUCCAGAUGAUCCGAAUAUUGUGAUGUAUCAUCGUGAUGCAUGGCGUGUUAGAGGCAUAAGCAAGGUGAGCAGAUGUAUAGGAAAUGCAUAUUUGAAGCGGGAGCGUUUCACUUUAGACCCAUCAUUCGAAGUACCGCGGACAGAACUUGCGCCUUCUGAUUUUACCCGAACUUUGCUAUCAGCAGAACCCGAGAUACAUUCAAGAGUCUUAAGAGACAGCAAUAAAUUCAUCAUAUUUGGAUCUGGUGGACUUUGGAAAUUACUUACAAAUGAGGAAGCGGCUAAAAUUGUUAACACCAAUCCACGAGAAGGAAUUGCAAAAAGACUUGUGAGGAUUGCUCUAGAGGUUGCAGCUAGAGAGAAGAAUAUAACCUAUAAUGAGCUUUUGAAACUUCCUAAGGGACAUGAUUUUACUAAGGGUCCAAGUGUUUCUUUUGAAAGAACAAGGCGGAGUUAUCAUGAUGAUAUCUCUGUGACUGUUGUAUUUCUCGACAAAACGCCAGAUAUAGAUAUGUCUGUGAUGCGGGAUGUGAUCCCCUCAGUGCCAACGAUCAAUUCCUUCAGAAGCUUCCAUGACACGGCUCUUCGUUCGUGUUUUCACCGGAUGUAUGCUCCUGAACCAGUGAUUAUUCGUUCGACUGUGGAUUUUUAAGUCUAGAACUUUAUAUAGGAAAUAAACUUGGGGCGCUCUGCCUAAUUUUGGAAAAGAUAGCUCAAACUGU